AUGGCAGUCAGCAAGAACAAGUGCCUUAUGAAGGGUGGCAAAAAGGGAGCAAAGAAGAAAGUGGUUGAUCCAUUUUCUAAGAAGGAUAGGUGUGAUAUGAAAGCACCAACUAUGUUCAAUAUAAGAAAUAUUGGAAAAACACUAGUCAGCUGA